GUGGCCGCCGCCAGCUGUACCGGCGCGGCCGCGGUCCCGCUGCAGCGCGCCGCCUGCGUGUUGGGCGAUCCAUGGGCUGCAGCGAGGGCCACGAUGACAGAUUACGGCGAGGAGCAGCGCAAUGAGCUGGAGGCUCUGGAGUCCAUAUACCCCGACUCCUUCACAGUAUUAUCAGAAAGUCCACACAGCUUCACCAUUACUGUGACAUCUGAGGCUGGGGAAAAUGAUGAAACUGUCCAGACUACCCUCAAGUUUACAUACAGUGAAAAAUACCCAGAUGAAGCUCCUCUUUAUGAAAUAUUCUCCCAGGAAAAUCUAGAAGAUAAUGAUGUCUCAGACAUUUUAAAAUUAUUAGCAUUGCAGGCAGAAGAAAAUCUUGGUAUGGUGAUGAUUUUUACUUUAGUGACAGCUGUGCAAGAAAAAUUAAAUGAAAUAGUCGAUCAAAUAAAAACUAGAAGAGAAGAAGAAAAGAAACAAAAAGAAAAAGAAGCAGAAGAAGCCGAAAAGCAAUUAUUUCAUGGCACUCCUGUUACAAUUGAGAAUUUCUUAAGUUGGAAAGCCAAGUUUGAUGCAGAACUCUUGGAAAUAAAAAAGAAACGAAUGAAAGAAGAAGAGCAAGCAGGGAAAAAUAAAUUGAGUGGGAAACAGCUAUUUGAAACAGAUCAUAAUCUUGACACAUCUGAUAUCCAGUUUUUGGAGGAUGCUGGAAACAAUGUGGAGGUAGAUGAGUCUCUGUUCCAGGAAAUGGAUGACUUGGAGCUGGAAGAUGAUGAGGAUGAUCCAGACUAUAAUCCUGCUGACCCAGAGAGUGAUUUGACUGACUAAUGGACUAAACCCAUCUGCAGAGAGGCUUGACUGCCACAGCAUCUGUGGCUUUGCUGAGAGGGUGUUAAUUUUCCUUUCUUUUUUUCUAAGAAAAAAUAAUUUUCAGGAGAAUAUUCUUCUGAUAACUUUCAUCAUUGAACUUAAUAAACUGAGCUUAAAAUUUCAAAUA